AUGAACGGCUCCCGGGCACCAGCCACCUGGCUGGGCUGCUGCAACCAGUCGGGGGUGCUGCCUGAGCCCCCAGAGGGGCUGCGCGUCGUGCAGGCGGUGGUGCUGGGCGUGCUGUCACUGCUUGUGCUCUGCGGGGUCCUCUUCCUGGGUGGCGGCCUCCUCCUCCGUGCGCAGGGCCUCACGGCCAUGGUGCUCCAUGAGCGGAGCGCAUCCCAUGAGGCCGAGUCCAGUGGCGCUGGUGGAGGCGACGACGACGAUGACUCCUAGGCACCCCUGUGCUCCAGAAUGAGGGUCACGGCCUCCAGGCGGCCCAUGACUUGGCGUCGGGAGGCUGCUGUGGAGAGCGGGACUCGGCGUCCUCCCCCUGAGCCUGGUGCCGAGCAGAGAGUUCAGCGGCGCCUGCUGGCUGCCUCCUGCCUCAUGCCUCCUGCUGCACCGGUGGAGCUUCCGCCCCUUUGAUCCAUGAGUGGUGCAGACAGCAGACCGAGAGUGCUGGAUUGUGGUGGGGCCUCCCCCCAGGAACCUUGCAUUCAACCUGGCGGCCUCCGACUGACGUGCGCCACUCAGCCUCCUGUGGUCCCCCUGGACGUGCCUCCCGGAGUGGUCAAAUCCUCUGAGCAUCCGCAGCACGUCCAGGGCUCUGACGUGGACGUACACUCUGUGUGCUCCUGUACUCCGUGCAGCAGCUGCUGGCUAUGCCCCCCUGGCUUCCAGGCCUCUGAGGACACCAGUGCAGCCCCUGCCCCCGUCCCAUCUCUGAUACAGGGCUGCUGUGGUCCGACAGGCCAGUGACCUGCCUGCUGAGGGCUGUGGGUCAGUGUCACCCAUUUGGAGAUCUCCGGUGCCCCCCGCAAUGCCCUACCGCUUCCGGUGGCUUGUUAUUAAAUA